GUAAGUUGGGGCAUGCUGUGCCGACGUUAAACUGACAUUCAAAAAUCAAAAAGGGCUCUUUAAAAACAUUUUAUCUGCGCGUUUCAAUUGAAUUCGAUAUAUUUGAAAAUCCGAUUUGAUAAUCGCGCCUAGCUCCGCAUAUCGACCGGUGCCAUCUCUAGUGCCAGAAUGUGGCAGUUUGAAAACAAAAAGACAACUGAAAUGAAAGCCUCCGACAAAGACGAGGGCUUCUGCAAAAAGUUCUUGUCGCAGCGUUCCCUGGCUGCGAUAUCCAUGCAUAGCACGGGUCGUCAGGUGGGCGACGACGUUUCCAAGUUGUUGUCGCUCAGUCUCGAAGAAGACAUUUCCAACCUGCUGGGCGAGGCGGGAAAGUACAUGCGGCGCAUCCGGGAGCAUAGGCUGGAUUUGUCGCACAUCCAGCAUGCUGUCCGGAUGGACGACGACCUUGGUAUGGACAUUUUCUUCAGACUGAUCGUGAGCGGAGUUGGCCCAAGACAUCUGCUCGAAGAGAAUCCCCUUGUUGCGGGCGGCGCUCUUUCCACCGAACCUGGUCCCGUCCCUCUCGCUUCCGGUCAGGAAUCUGAACCGGAGAUUCCUCUUGACCCGGCCAACUCCCACGCAGGCUGGCUGAAGGCGGAGCAGGUGCUGCUGAUGCCGAGCAAGCGUUAUCCGCUGACCAAGGAGCAGCAGUACUUCUUCGGGCUGGUUACCGAAGCCUGCGUCGGCACCUCGGAGUCCCGGCGCCAGCGGGCGCUUCAAACCCUCUCCACAGAUCCCUCACUGGAGGGGCUACUGCCCACGCUCAGCGCGUUCAUCGCGGAGAUGACAAUCUCCAACGUGGCCCAGGAGAACAUCGCGAUUCUCUUCUACCUCAUGCGGAUGGUCAGAGCUCUUUUGGCAAACACCAGGUUGAAUUUGCUACAAUAUCUCCACCUGAUCCUGCCGGCCGUUCUAACCUGUCAGCUCACCAAAUUAUCGCCCGACUUGGAGAAACAAUGGGCUUUGAGGGAGUACUGUGGCAACAUAAUAGCCCAUAUAUUGCGCCACUUCGAUGCCUCCGAAAACAUCAUCCUUCCUAGAGUUAUUGGGGUUUACCAAAGGGCUCUCACAAAGGAGCCUCUGGCGACGGUGUUUGGAGCAGUCAUUGGCCUGGGAAAGUUGGGUAGUCACGUGGUGCGCGCCUGCAUUGUGCCUCAAUUACCUCAUCUAUCUAAGCGCAUCGAGCCUCAUCUGAGCUCGACUGCCACCGAUGGGAUCUCCACCCCCAGUCUGGACAGACAGGCUGCUAAGUACAUUCGUCAUCGUGUAGCAAAGGUGUGCCCCCCGGUGCUAAAGAGAAUUCACGAAGCACCUGAUCUCCCGGAUCAGUAUGCGCUUACCUACGGAUUUUUGGGUCCGUCGUUGUGUGAUUCCGUCGUCGUAUCUCGCGUCACGGUGGAAGCGUUGGCUGCAGCCAAGAUGGAGGCUGAAAAGGCGUCAAAAAUGCACCAACGCCAAUCGGCUGCCGAUCAACACAGUAACUCAAGACGUGCAGGAGCUGUAUGUGCCGUCUCGAAAGCUCCAGUCAUUGGCAAACAGAAGCCCAGGAACGGAGUUCGUUGCAGCAGCGAUGUUCCCAAAUCUAGUUGUCAUAAUCUCCUUGUGAAUGGAAAGAUCGUCAAGAUCCUGCCGCGGAUAUCGCGCAAUCCAAUAGUUCCGAAUCUAAAGCAGGCUGUCCUGGCCAAGCCCCCGGGUUACGUGGUUGCUCAAUCGGACCGGGUUCCAAUGCCGCAGUUCAAAAACGUUGUAGUCCCUCCCGUGUCCAUGAGCUCUUAUUUGCCAGCCAGCAAGGGAAUACUUUUAAAGCCAAACAAGCUGUGCGUUUUGCAACCUACUAAUAAGGGAAAUGUUCUUACACCUUUUAAUAAUGGCCGAAAGCCUGUUACUUAAGUAACGAUUUAUCUGGAAAAUUAUUCAUUAUUCAUUAUUUUCGGUUAAUAAUAAAACCUACGGAAAAUGCUAGAGCAAGCGGAGAGAGGAGAGACUAAGAAA